UAAAAAUUAACAUUCUAUAAUAUACAAUAUUACUUAGUGAUACUAAUUCAUCUACACGCGCGCCGAACCGUUAAUCCUUAACAGCGAUUGCCACAAUUAUUGGUUAUGAUUGAUCGGUGUUAGUAUCGUCGACGAGAUUACAAGUUAUGUAUCAAUUGUCAAAUAUUAAUGGCAAUGCUCGCGGAUCGUUGAACGCGAUCGGUACUUACAACGGCGUCGUCGUUCAUUCUUGUUGCGGUACUGUUUGAGAGGUAAACCAGUGGUUGGUUAUCGGUGACGUCUGCUGCGCGAACGUUUGAAUCGUUUGCUACUGUUAUUAUUAACAUCGCGGUCAACUUGCAAGUCACAGCGAGAAAUAUAUUUUGCAUAGCGUCAUAUCACGCUGGUUCAUUGGUAUUCUUCUUGCACUCCGCUAACGCAUGCUUAUCAAUCAGUCUGAUCCGGAUCAUUAUCUGCAUGCGCAUCGUGCGAAUAGUUUUCAUCUUGUCCCGAUCUUAAUCGCGCCAAUUAUCGAUUACUCGAUUACACUAAUUUGAAUGAUCGUAUCGAUACCCGUUGCUCAUGAACAAUAUCGUUCGAUAGGAUUCACACGGCUAAAAAACCACGAAACGAUUACUUACCUGUCGUGCACACAUGCGAACAUGAAAUUAGUAAUAAAAUUCCUAUAUUGACAGUUUGACAGAUGUAAACAAUUUUAACCAUUUCUGAUUUGCAUAUCGAAAAUCGUUUUUUUUUUUGAGAUACUCAUUUCUUGCUUCGUUCAAUUCAGUCAACGGCGCUGGAAAAAGUUUUUACAUACUCUUGUAAUAAUGUUUAUUUAUAACAUAAGAGCAUAUAUAAAUAUAUCUAUCGAUGUCGUAAAAUUUCUUCUCAAACUGUCUGACUUUGAAAGUGGUAAUUGGAAACCGGUGGCUAUUAUCAUUUAACAAGAAAACGAUCCUAUGAUAGUGGAAUCCAUCUUCUCGUGCUGUAAUUUACUUCUAACAUGUGGAUCGUCCAUUUACGUCCUGACCAAACAUUCGUACGCUCAAUAUUCGAAAUUGAUGAUGCACAUCACGUGUGCCUGCACCGGUAUCGCGAUCAUCGGUUCACGAUCCUUAAUCGUCCUCGUGUACAAGCUCUUCGUCAAGGAAUACAUGAUCGACCCGACUUUAAUGGAGAUAGAGGAGGAGAAGAACAUGGGUAGAUUGAACGUCCUAAACGAGAUUCUUGGGAUAUUGAGCAUGGGCGGAUUAAUUUAUUCCCUAUACUCUUGUCACGGAUACUACAUCCUUGGCAUCUGCGUUGUCACCGGUUUAUCGAUUUUAGAUAUAGUCAAAUUGUACAGAAUGAACGCCGAAGUACCAGAGGUAUACUCGUUUCGACAGUGA